CACUUAUGUCCAGAGCUGAACCCUCAUUGUGUUCACUGUCAUUCGUCUACAACAGAGCACUGACGUAAAUGGCAUCACCUUCCGGUGUUUUAGCAGAAGAGCAGGUGCACUGUUCCAUCUGUCUGGAUGUGUUUACCAACCCGGUGUCCAUCCCCUGCGGACACAACUUCUGUAUGGCAUGCAUCGGCAGCUACUGGAAAUCCAGUGCUCUCUUUAUGUGCCCGAUGUGCAAAAAGACCUUCUUCAGACAGCCCGAGAUCAGCAUAAACACAGUGCUGAGAGAAAUCGCUGAAAAGUUCAAAGAGAUGAGAGCCAACCCAGUCAACAACCUUCGGAGAACCAUGCAGCCAGAACCCGGACGAACUACCGAAGAGCUGCCCGAGCUAAUUCCUCCUGACGGGCUGUGGACACAGGGGGUGCCCUGUGACGUGUGCUCUGGCCCUCCACAACGGGCGGCAAAGUCGUGCCUGGUUUGUUUGACGUCUUACUGCGCAGAGCAUCUGAAGAGCCACGCCGCUCGCUUCACCAAACACAAACUGAUCGAGCCGGUGCGGAACCUGGAGGAGCGCAUGUGCACUAAACACGAGAGGCUGCUGGAGCUGUUCUGUAAGAAAGAUCAGACCAUUGUGUGUGUGCUGUGCACCGAGAUGGACCACAGGGCUCAUUACACUGUGCCGGUCGAACGAGAGUGGAGCGAGAAGAAGGCUCUGCUGCGUAAAACUGAAGCUGAAGUUCAGCAGAUGAUCCAGGAGCGUAUGAAGAAAGUCGAGGAUUUCAAACACUCAGUAGAGCUCAACAAAGCCAGCGGUCAGAAAGAGAUGGAGGACAGCAUGCAGGUGUUCUCAGAUCUGAUCCGAGCGCUUCAGAAAGCCCAGGCUGAGUUGGUGUUGGACAUCGAGGAGAAACAGAGGAAGACGGAGAUCUGGGCCAACGCUCAAAUUGAAGAACUGAAGAGCGAAAUCGAUGUGUUAAAGAUGAGAAACACAGAGUUGGAGUAUCUGGCGCACACUGAAGACCACAUCCAUUUUCUACAGAACUUUUCAUCAUUAAUGUCUCAUCCACACACUAAGGACUGGUCUGAGAUCUGUGUUCCUGCAGAUCAGUGUGUGGGUACCACAAGAAGAGCUGUGCUCAAACUGGACCAGACGUUUACUGAAGAAACGGACAAACUUGUUGAAAUAGAGCUGAGGAAGAUUCAAAAGUAUGCAGUCGAUGUAACCUUUGACCCGGACACUAAUCCCUGGCUGCAGCUGUCGGAGGAUGGGCGCCAGCUGCGUCACCUGGGGGCGUGGCAAGACCUGCCCGACACACCCGAUCGCUUUGAUACAGUGGUCAUCGCUCUCGGCCGCCAGGGCUUCUCCUCAGGCCGCAGAUACUGGGAGGUCCAGGUGGGCGAGAAGGACGACUGGUAUCUGGGUGUGGCCCGGGCGUCCGUCAACAGAAAGGGCAGGAUUUCAGUGAGCACACUUCACGGUUACUGGGCUCUAGCCAUGAAGAAAGGGCAGGAAUACCGAGUGUCCUCCUCACCGCCCGUUCUGCUCUCCAUCGAGCCCAAGCUGAGAAAAGUGGGCGUGUACGUGGAUUAUGAGGAAGGACAGGUGUCGUUCUAUGACGUAGGGGCCAGAAGUCACAUCUACACCUUUAUGGACUCGUUCAAAGAGAAACUCCUCCCAUUCUGUUAUCUCUACUGCUGCGAUAAAGCCUCUGACACCAUGACCAUCUGUCCUGUACAAGAGAAGUCGCAUGUCAAACAGUGCUGAUCGACAGGAUCGACUGAAAAAGUAAUGAAUUACUAGUUACUAAUUAUACAUUAAUAGUGUCAAUAGAUUACUGUACACAUGACUCU